AGAAAUUCCAUCAGGAUGGCCCUUGCUAUCCUCACCACCACCGUUUUCCUUUUCCACUCCUUUCAGCUUAAUCGUCACCGUCCGUUCAUCCCAUUGCAUCAGAAAGCACAUCUCGAGACCACAAAAACGAGUGUAAGAAUAACAAGCUUUGGCACUUUGUCUCUCACUAGUAAUAAUAAUAAUGCCCAGUUCUCGCACUCAACGAGGCCCCUUCGCAUCUUCUCCAGAUCCGGCGAGCUUGAGCGAGAUCCCGGCCACUCUCCGGCGAUGACAUCGGCGACGGCGAACGGCUCCCAAUACAAGUUCCUCAUCUAUGGCCGGACGGGAUGGAUCGGAGGCCUGCUUGGCCAGCUCUGCGCCGGCCAAGGGAUCCCUUACCAGUACGGCGCCGGGAGGCUCGAAGACAGAGCAUCGCUGGAGGCGGACCUGGCUGCAGUCAAGCCUACGCACGUGUUCAACGCCGCCGGUGUCACCGGCCGGCCGAACGUCGAUUGGUGCGAGACCCAUCGGGUUGAGACCAUCCGCGCUAAUGUCGUGGGUACGCUGACUCUGGCCGACGUCUGCCGGGCGAAGGGGCUUGUGCUUGUUAACUAUGCUACGGGCUGCAUCUUUGAGUACGAUGAGAAGCAUCCCGAGGGAUCUGGGAUUGGGUUCAAGGAGGAGGACACUCCCAACUUUAUUGGAUCCUUCUACUCCAAGACCAAGGCGAUGGUAGAAGAUCUAUUAAAAAACUAUGAGAAUGUCUGCACACUGCGAGUGAGGAUGCCCAUCUCAUCGGAUUUGUCUAACCCCCGGAACUUCAUCACGAAGAUCGCCCGCUAUGAGAAGGUGGUCAAUAUCCCCAACUCCAUGACUAUCUUGGAUGAACUUCUCCCCAUCUCCAUUGACAUGGCAAAAAGGAACCUUACCGGGAUCUAUAACUUCACCAAUCCCGGCGUGGUCAGCCACAACGAGAUAUUGGAGAUGUACAGAGAUUACAUUGACCCUAGUUUCACCUGGAAGAAUUUUAACCUGGAAGAGCAAGCAAAGGUGAUUGUUGCUCCAAGGAGUAACAAUGAACUAGAAACCACUAAAUUGAAGAAUGAGUUUCCUGAGCUUAUGCCCAUCAAGGAGUCACUGAUUAAGUAUGUUUUCGAGCCCAAUAAGAAGACGUCUUCGGCUUAACGGUUACAUCCAUAUGUUUCGCCUUUUGUUUCAUUUAUUCAUGUUGGUCUGAGGUAAGUCAUUUUAGUUUUUGUCAGUUGGUUAAUUCCCAACUAAUAAAGAUGUAGUAGCACUUAUUAUUAUUAAUUUCUUAUUCUAAGGGUUUGUUUUAUGAUGCGGGAAUUCUAUCCUAUUUUGCGAAGGAGAACUUUACUUCCAAAGCUAUGUAGAAUUCUUUUUCUUUUUAAGUUAUCAGCAAAGAUGCAAAUGAGUUGGUCUUUUGUGUUUUGAA